AACAAAUCAUACAAGAAAACGCUGCCAUUAAAAACAUCUGUACACUAUUUGAAAUUCAUUUGUAACCAGCUUCUAGAUCACAGACACUACUGCAAUCUCUCACCCUGCAGUCGGGCAGACACGUCCAUAUUCAAACUUUGGACCUAAACCUGCUCAUAAAAAGAUCAAUAAUCUGCAUUUACGUGACUGUUAAACUACUACUGGUGUUGCUCUUUGAUAGCCUCAUCUAAAUAUUUGGAUUAUCAAACUGCCUCUUGACGACUAGCGGAGCUUAUUGCUCUGGUUUCAUUUACCAGGAAAUGAAACAUAAACAUAAAGGGAGCUACGACUGUCCUCACACAAACAGCAGCAGCAGACUUACACAGGAUGAAGAUGUUUGGAAGAAUGAUGAGCUGCUGUGUGGCUCUCCUCCUGACCUUCAGCUCUGUGUCAGCUGUAAGACGAGCGCUCAACUCAAUCACUGAUCUGAGGUCAGUAGGCUUUGGCCAGUCUGUGCCCGAGUACAGCCUCUGCUUGCUCCACUGGUUUGCAACCACAGUUGACUUUGACAAUAACAACAUCAUCCUGCUGACCUUUGACCCAAACCGUGGUGAUUAUGGCUCACAUCAUUAUCGCAACGCUGAACAGCUGUUAGACCCACUGCCAAGGGGAUACCGAUACUACACUGUCGGUAACAUCUACCAAGAUGCAUCACUGGAACUUCCAGAUUAUGUCGUGGAGUCGGACAUUGAGGAAAGUAACAGGGCUCGCAUUAUAAUUAGAGUCAGGGGGCGCAACGCAGUACGGACAAUAGACCAAGUCUAUAUCACACAGCAUUAUGAGACAUAUGAAGCUCGAGGGACAGAGUAUGAUCCACAACAUACAUAUCGGGUCACUACCUGCCUUCUAAGAGUGUUGAGAAAGUUUUCCUUGCAUCUCAAUAACAUCAACUCACUGGCUCUCAGAAACAGAGUUCAUGACUCCCAGCUAUCAGAGAUAAGAAACAUGUGGGGGGACCUCGCUUGUGUUGGACUGUUGUUGUUUAUUGUGAUCCCAGAAAAAUAUUCCUCUCACAAACGCAACAACAGACGUCAGCCAGCACCAAGAAGCAACACACAAAGUUAUGUUGCGGUCAAUAUCCCAGAGAGCAGGGAAAAUGGUGACUCUGUCGUCCUGGACAUGUACAACUCUGAUCCUUGGCAUUACACAUCUCCCUCACGAAGAGACAGGUGCAAUGAGACAAACCGGGUUCAGUGUUUAUUCUGCUGUUGUUUUUUAACAAUUAUUUUUUCAGUCUUUCUUAUUAUAUACAGUGGUGCCUUGUCUCACAACUUUAAUUUGUUUCGUGACGGAGCCAAUAAGUCAAAUCAUUCGUAUGUCAAAGCAAUUUUCCCCACUGACAUGAAUUGAAAUGCCAUUAAUCCGUUCAUGACCCGAAAAAACAUUGAGAAAGGAAUUUGUUGCAUGUUUUUCAAUAAGAAAAAUCUACUUAUAAAUAACAAAUAUUAUAUAAAAACACAAUAAAAUUGAAUGCACUGCAAUAAUCUGGUCUUAUUAAGUAUAAUAUACUUCAUUAUGGUGCAGAGUGUAGAAGUUUGAUUAUUUCUGUAGUUUUGAAAACACUGUUCAAUAAAAUAUAUUUUCAUGUGUGUGUCGUAACUGCCUUGACUCAAAAGUCGUAUUUGAUAUAAUAGUUAAUGUUUUCAAUAAUACAAAUUUCCUGGAGAUCUGCUGACCUAAAACCAACACGAUUCACUUGAUUCAAAUCCAUCUCUGACUGUUUGUUGCAGGACUUUCAUGAUUCACAACUUAGUGUAUAAAAACAGCAGAUAAGAUAUGUGGCCGACAAUAAGAGAAGUAACGAGGCUUUUAUUAUAAUUACAGUCAAGGAGCAGA